UUCUCUCCCUCUCCGUUUUGGUAGGCUGGUUGAAGAUGAAAUCCACUGAGGAGGGAAGGCCUGAGUCUUUAGCACCCUGUGUGCCAGCCCAGAAGUGGCUCUGUGAAAGCCUCUGUAAUAUCUAUAGACCUCCCUGAAAAUCAAGUGGGCUUGGAUUUGGACAUUCUCAAUAGAAGGGGUUAAAGGCUGAUGGGACCAUACAGGAAGGUAUUGAAUUUUGACCAAGAUAAGGCUGCCUUAAGUUCUCUACAAUACAUAGAUGUUUAGGUAGUUGAUAGAUCCUGUAGUUUAACUUGAUUCCUGGAUAGAAGCUGGAUUCAUCUGAUACCAGAGAAGUAAAAUUUCAAGAGACCAAAACCAAAUCUGAAUCUCACUUUUCUAGUCUGGACCUCUUCAGUUUUAUAAAUCCUGGAUAUACAAUAGAUGAUGACUGCAUUUUUCUUUUAUGGGCUCUUUUCAGCAUCUGGAGACCUCAGUAUCCUAUUAUGUCUUUGUGUGAAGACAUGCUGCUCUGUAAUUAUCGAAAAUGUCGCAUCAAACUCUCUGGUUAUGCAUGGGUCACUGCCUGUUCUCAUAUCUUCUGUGAUCAGCACGGUAGUGGUGAGUUUAGUCGUUCACCAGCUAUCUGUCCUGCCUGCAACAGUACCCUUUCUGGAAAGCUAGAUAUUGUCCGCACAGAACUGAGUCCAUCAGAGGAAUAUAAAGCUAUGGUACUGGCAGGACUGCGACCGGAGAUUGUGUUGGACAUUAGCUCACGAGCACUGGCCUUCUGGACAUACCAGGUACAUCAGGAGCGUCUUUAUCAAGAAUAUAAUUUUAGCAAGGCUGAGGGCCAUCUGAAACAGAUGGAGAAGAUAUAUACUCAGCAAAUACAAAGCAAGGAUGUAGAAUUGACCUCUAUGAAAGGAGAAGUCACCUCCAUGAAGAAAGUGCUAGAAGAAUACAAGAAAAAGUUCAGUGACAUCUCUGAGAAACUUAUGGAGCGCAAUCGCCAGUAUCAAAAGCUCCAAGGCCUCUAUGAUAGUCUCAGGCUACGAAACCUAACUAUUGCUAACCAAGAAGGCACACUCGAACCAUCCAUGACCACACAGUCUGGUGUUUUUGGCUUCCCAGUAGGGAACAACUCCAAGUUUUCUUUGGAUAAUACACCAGUUCGAAAUCGGGGUGGUGGAGAUGGAGAUUUUCAGUUCAGACCAUUUUUUGUGGGUUCUCCCACAGCACCUGAACCCAGCAAUAGCUUUUUUAGUUUUGCUUCUCCAAGUCGUGAAUUACAGCAGGAGCAAGUCUCUAGCAGGGCCUUCAAAGUAAAAAGAAUUUAG